GACUGACUGCCUCAUCUUUUUCCUCCUUCCAAAAGUCCCGUUUGCUAAUCAUGGGGAUGUACCAAGUGAAACGGAGUAGGGGGACCGAGUGGUGACCGGCACGCUGGUCACUGGCUGCUGCCCACUUCAGCGUUAGCAAACUUCUAGCAAGAUCGGAACUGAGUACUAAAUAACCUCUACACUUCCCCCCUGGCGCCAUUCCAGGGCCGGCGCCACAUUCCCCAGUGGGCGCGCAAUGGCCGCGCCCCCUCCCGCUGCGGACGGGUCUUUUGGUACAUGCAGUCCGAGGUCGCCAUGGAUCGGAUGAAGAAGAUCAAACGGCAGCUGUCAAUGACACUCCGAGGGGGCCGAGGUGUAGAUAAGACCAAUGGUGCCCCCGAACAGAUAGGCCUGGAUGAGAGUGGCGGUGGCGGCGGCAGUGACCUUGGAGAGGGCCCCACACGUGCUGUCCCUGGGGAACCUCGCUCUGGACGGGGCCCACUCAGCUCUGCACCAGGCCUUGGCGGGGAGGAAGGGUGCCCCGCCUGCCACAGCUGCCCCAAGCCUCCCUCUGCCCUUCUCCUGCACUCUGUCACAGCCCCUCAGGCCUCCUGGCACCUGCUUGCCCUGGGCCUGCCUUGCCAGGGCAUUUGGCUACUUCUGCUGCUGCCUGCCCACUGGCUCUGGGUCAGCCGCAGUUUCAGCUCGCCGCUGACGCGGGGUGCUCCACUAGAGAUUGUACACGAGGACUUGAAGAUGGGGUCUGACGGGGAAAGUGACCAGGCUUCAGCCACGUCCUCGGAUGAGGUGCAGUCACCAGUGAGGGUGCGCAUGCGCAACCAUCCCCCACGCAAGAUCUCCACUGAGGACAUCAACAAGCGCCUAUCACUACCAGCCGACAUCCGGCUGCCCGAGGGCUACCUUGAGAAGCUGACCCUCAAUAGCCCCAUCUUCGACAAGCCCCUCAGCCGCCGCCUCCGCCGUGUCAGCCUGUCUGAGAUUGGCUUUGGGAAACUGGAGACCUACAUCAAGCUGGACAAGCUGGGAGAGGGUACCUAUGCCACCGUCUACAAAGGCAAAAGCAAGCUCACAGACAACCUCGUGGCACUCAAAGAGAUCAGACUGGAACACGAAGAGGGGGCACCCUGCACCGCCAUCCGGGAAGUGUCCCUGCUCAAGGACCUCAAACACGCCAACAUCGUCACGCUACAUGACAUUAUUCACACGGAGAAGUCCCUUACCCUUGUCUUUGAGUACCUGGACAAGGACCUGAAGCAGUACCUGGAUGACUGUGGGAACAUCAUCAACAUGCACAACGUGAAACUGUUCCUGUUCCAGCUGCUCCGUGGCCUGGCCUACUGCCACCGGCAGAAGGUGCUACACCGAGACCUCAAGCCCCAGAACCUGCUCAUCAAUGAGAGAGGAGAGCUCAAGCUGGCUGACUUUGGCCUAGCCCGGGCCAAGUCAAUUCCGACGAAGACCUACUCCAAUGAGGUGGUAACACUGUGGUACCGGCCCCCCGACAUCCUGCUCGGGUCCACGGACUACUCCACUCAGAUUGACAUGUGGGGUGUGGGCUGCAUCUUCUAUGAGAUGGCCACAGGCCGGCCCCUCUUCCCGGGCUCCACGGUGGAGGAACAACUGCACUUCAUCUUCCGCAUCUUGGGAACCCCAACUGAGGAGACAUGGCCCGGCAUCCUGUCCAAUGAAGAGUUUAAGACAUACAACUACCCCAAGUACCGAGCCGAGGCCCUUUUGAGCCAUGCACCCCGACUUGACAGCGACGGGGCUGACCUCCUCACCAAGCUGCUGCAGUUUGAAGGUCGCAAUCGGAUCUCCGCAGAAGAUGCCAUGAAACAUCCAUUCUUCCUCAGUCUGGGGGAACGGAUCCACAAACUUCCUGACACUACUUCCAUAUUUGCACUAAAGGAGAUCCAGCUACAAAAGGAGGCCAGCAUUCGGUCUUCAUCAAUGCCUGACUCAGGCAGGCCAGCUUUCCGAGUGGUGGACACCGAGUUCUAAGCCACAGACCGAGGCCCCAGCAGGCAGCAGCUGGAGGGAUGCCAUACCCCUCACAGGGCAGCCCCCAACUGCAUCAUCCUCCCUGCUUGCUGCCUGCCUACCUGCCUGACUCAUGCUCGCCUGCCCACAUGUCCCCUGCUGCCUGUCUGAACACCUGACCAUUGGCCUGUUGGCCCACCCAUUGGCCUGUCUGCUGGGUGCUAACAAAGUUCUCAUCGCUCCUUCGCCUGAUCUGUCUGUCUGUGUGUCUCUCUCUGUCUCGGUAGUUGCCGGCGGACAGCAUGGCCGUGCCAGCCUCCCACGCUGAGGCCAGGCCUAUACCCCUCCCCAUCAUACCCCCCAACUCCGCAGGACCACUACCCCCACGGCAAGCCAGGGGUCUGGAGCUAGCCCAGGCUGGGGAUCUCGACUCAGACAAGACACGGUGAUGCCUUGGGUCUGAGGCUCCCCUGUCUGCUUUCCUGCCUGCCCCACCUGCCUCAUGUUGUGUGGGCCUUUUUCUUUUUGUUUGUUUCAUUCACUGUUGUUUUUUAAUUAUUUUAAAUGAGGUUUUCAUUUUUUAAAUGCAAUAUCUCUGUAUACAGGCUGGCUGGGCCGCACCCACUGUGUGGCCCUCCCACGGUAUUUUGUGCAAUGAAGCCCCGCUCCCAGCCUUUCCAUGGCAGGGACACAACCCCUAUUCAAAACCCUGACCAUCACCAGACCCUGGGGUCAGCUAAGGGAAAGCAUGCCUCGACCACUCGCCUUCCGACCCCCACCUGUCAUCCCCAGCUGCAGGGGGACUUGGGGACUACUGAAGACUCUGGGAGAUGGAUGAGGUGGGGGGCCCCCACUCUUUCCCUCCUGCAGUCCCAUAGCAGGGGCCUCCUUCUCAGGGUCUCCCUAGCCCAGCCCUCCUGCCCCCAUCCCACUCGGUGCUGUUGAGUAGGGGCCCUGCCAGGAACUGACCAACUCAGUGAGGAGCCAUAGUGUGUAUAUGUGCACAGGCAGGGACAGAGGGGCACAUGGGGGUGUGUGCCCAUGAGUUACCCCCUAACCCCUGGGAAAGAUGAGGCAGGGCAGGGACAGUCUCUGGGAUCAGUCUCCAGAUGGGUGGUUACCUCCCCUUCACUCUAAACCCUGCAGCCCUCAAAUGGGGUGGGAGGGCAGGGGCCUUCCUAGGGGGGGUUUGGGAGGGGUGGGUUCCUGAAUGCACCAUAAUCGCUGUAUGAAAUAUUAAAAAGUCUAAAGUGAAAAA